AUGCCACGCAAAGACGUCGAGUUUAAAACACACGACGAUGUGACUCUUCGCGGUUGGUUGUACACACCUGCGAGCGUUUCGGAAGACCAAAAGCUGCCGGUCAUAAUCAUGUCUGCCGGCUGGGCGAGUCUCAAAGAAAUGAGUCUAGAUCAGUCUGCUGAGGCAUUUGUUGCCAAGCUUCCUAUCGCUGCUCUUGCUUACGACCAUCGGAGCUGGGGUUCAAGCGAUACGGCCCCAGGACAACCAAAGCAUGAGAUUAUUCCAUCUAUUCAGAUGUCCAACAUGCAAGAUUCAAUCACCUAUGCACAAGGACUCCCAAAUAUUGACGCAACCAAGGUUGCCCUUUGGGGAAGCUCCUAUAGUGGAGGUCAUGUUCUGCAAGUCACGGCCAUUGACAAGCGUGUGAAAGCUGUCAUCAGCCAGGCGCCCAUGGUCAGCGGCUGGGAAACCCUCCUUCGCCUCAUUCGUCCCGAUCUUAUUCCUGGCAUCAACGCCAUGUUUGCAGGCGACCGCCUCGCCAGAGCGGCAGGACAAAUUGCAGCAACCGUUCCUGUAUCCGAUGCAAACCCUCUAAUUCCUUCUUCCCUACCAAGCACCGAAGCAUUCGCAUUUUACACUGAGUGGGAGUUAAAGCUUGAAGGGAAGUGGAAGAAUGAAGUAACAGUUCGGAGUCUUGAAGCUAGCCGUUCAUAUGAUCCUGCCCUAUUCAUUGAACGCAUAGCACCUGUACCAUUGCUUAUGGUUGUUGCAAAAGAGGAUGUCACCACGCCUGUUGAUAUCUCUCUAGCUGCUUAUCAGAAGGCUCGUGAGCCUAAGCAGCUUGUGUUACUUCCGGGUGGCCACUUUGAGGUUCAAAAGCUGCCACUGAACAUUCUUGUGGAGAAACCCGCCCAAUCCAAGGAACUGGCAUUCUGGGAGAUUGAUUUGGAUAGUUGUACACUAUACUUACGCUUAUACGGAACGAUUCCUUUGAAGGAAUUCGUUUUCCCAUGGGUAUAUUUCAGAAGCUACCUGUAUCAUGGUCCAACUUGGAUCUCACUUUAUGUAUACUUGCUCGACUCUCAGAUACCCGCACUUUUUCUCCAGCGUCACAGAGCAGACACGCAAUCUUUCAAUUAUGCACUUUCUCAAUUACCAGAUUAUAACUCUUCCUUAGAGGCGUGCACUGGGAGGUUCCAGGGUCAUCGACUCCUAGAUCUUUACAAUACCCUUUCAAGCAAGUAUGGAUGCUUGUGCAACUUUGGGCAAUCCUGGAUGGGCCCGGAAUACACUCGCCUCGUAUUUGCGCAUGUUCCAUACUUUCACAAAACCACCAAAGUUGAUGUCGUGGAGCUUGAGCUCCACAACAAGGGUUCUACUGAUGAAAUGAAGCUCGACCGUGUCCAUUUUUUGUCCAUUAGUGGAGUAGAUUUUCCUUUCCAAUGCAUCUGGAAUACAUUUGGAACAAAACUUCCGAGAAACUCGGAUUCAGCUUUAGAAGCAACAUCGACAAAGGAUUCUAUCGUCAGCACAGUAGUUUAUGAAAUAGUUGAUGGAGUUGAGGCCAUCGAUAAUUCCGUACGUUACGACCAACUGCAAGAAGCUUUGGGCAAAGCCAUGGCAGAAUACAUGUCAAUACGAUCCCGGCUGUUCUUCCCGGCUGCUCUCACUUUCACUUUUCUCGUCCCUGUCGUCGAAGGCCAAGAGGAUAUUAUACAAGUUGCUAAGCACUUACCGGGCAAUUUCUACCGAAUCUGCUUACCACACAUUCGUUCGAAACGAAACAAAUACGAGGCAGAAAAUCUGAAUGAAGUCAAGAAGUAUAUUUAA